AUAAUAACGCUGAGCUGACCAAAGCUCAUGAAGUGAAAGACGUAAUUUUGUUAUUGUUUAAUGUUUAUGUAGUUCUUGGAAAAUCACGUAUGGGCAUGUUUUGUACUACUACCAUAACAUACGGACAAUCAUAUGUUAGUGUUAUUCAGUGAACCAUAAUGGAAUCCUUCUGCCAUAAAGGCUUACUGUACAUCAAGAAUAUCCCUCACUUAGAACUUGUAAGGUAUCGUAGAGUAAAUGUCCAGAGGCCUGCAAAGCCACACUAUGAGAAAGCAAAGGUUUUAGCAGUGUGUGAACCACAAUACCCAAAAUUUAAUUAUGGACUCAGCCCUGAAGUAACUUGCAGAAAACAGACCGAACUGAAAUCAAAGAAAAUCAAAGAGGAAAACCCAUAUGAGCUGAUAAUUGCAAAAGAAUGCUUGCAUUGGUUUAACCAGUCAAAAAUGGUUGCAUUUUUUCAUGCCAACCCAAUAAAAGGUGAAGACCAGUUCAAAGCGAGAGUUAUGUUCCAUAAACACAACAUGGCCAUAAAGCAGUAUGGGCCAAAUGUAAUCAACUAUGCUUUGGAAAAUACAAAAUAUAGUGCAGUGUUGCCCCUAUUUCAGUCAAGAACAGCAGUAGUAUUCAGUCAAGAACUGCAACUGGCACAGCUUUUGAAAAUUUCAAAGCGUAUUCCUCAGCUGAUCCUUAUGACUUGCAUUGCCGAAGAUCGCCUUCUGAGUAGAAAUGAAAUUGUUAUGUACAGUAAUUUGCCAGAUUUGACAACGGCUCGAGCUGGCCUUGUUGCGACACUAAAUUCUACUGUAAGCCAAGUCUUGAGUAACAUCACACACCACCAAAGAACACUCGUCAGCCACUUGCAGAAACAUGCAGAACUGCUCCAGAAACCAGAGGAAACCUGAGAAAGUGAUGUAGAUUAUUUGGACUGUAUCUGCAGCUCAUUCAUUAAGCUGGCCUUUGUAUGGCUGAUCCAUGUCAGUGAAGUAUUGUUGAGUUGUGAAAGAAGAGAAAUUUUGUUAAACACAGUUGUAAGAUGUAGUGUAUAUAUGAUCUAUCAAAACAAUGACACUGUGUAUUACACCUUUAAA